AUGAAGUCGAGGAUCCAGAAAAUAGUGCUAGCCAGAGUGAAAAUAAAGACGAGGGGUGGUGUUGUGCCUCCGCAUGAACUCCGCCAUCCGCUGCAGCAUCGAUGGGCGCUCUGGUAUCUCAAGGCCGACCGAAACAAAGAUUGGGAAGAAUGCCUAAAACAAGUAGCCGUUUUUGAAACAGUCGAGGAUUUUUGGUCACUUUACAAUCAUAUUCAAACAGCUAGUGGACUCAGCUGGGGCUCUGAUUAUUAUCUUUUCAAAGAAAAUAUUCGUCCAAUGUGGGAAGAUGAAAGUAAUGUGAAAGGAGGAAGGUGGCUUGUUGUUGUCGAUAAACAAAAAAGACAGCAACUUCUUGAUAAUUAUUGGCUUGAGUUGUUGAUGGCGAUUCUCGGAGAACAAUUCGAGAAUCAUGGAGAAUACAUUUGUGGAGCGGUCGUCAAUGUACGACAAAAAAGGCGA